AUGUUGUUGCUUCCUCUCUUCUUUCUCAUCCUUUCUUUUGGAUCAACCCAUGCGACAACUCGUUUCAAAAACGGCGAAAAUCAAGUCUCUCGCUAUGUGACUUUCGAUUUGGACAGCAGAAUGACGUGCUUUUGGGAGCCGCUGGAGAAAGGGAUGAAUAUAAAGCUGAAUUUAAGGACUUAUCGAUCGGAGACUUAUCACCUCCAACUUCGUUUCUCUUCUCCGUCCGGUGAGCUCUCCGAUUGGCAGAAUGGAGACGGAUUGGUUGGCGCUUAUUACAAUGUCACGGAAACUGGAGAUCACGAGAUUUGCAUACAUACGCGAAACCCGUGUCGAGUCAACCUGCACCUCUAUUUCUAUGACCCGGAAGCUAUCGAGGCAGCACUAGCGAAAUGGUUGGAAGAGCACGAGCUAUCGAAAAAUGUUCAAAGUAUCGUGCAAAAUCUGGUGCAAAAUUUGUACAAAAUCAAAUACUCGAUAAAAUACUACAACAGUAUUACGCAAAGAGAUGAAGAGAUGCAACAAAGCAAUUCCGACAAUAUCAAGAAUUUCUCGGUGACUUUCAUUUCAAUUUCGGUCAUCAUCGCUUUGCUACAGGUUUAUCUUGUCCGCCGAAUGUUCUUUGUUGAUGAGAAGAGAAUCAGGAUC